UCCUCUCCCCUUGGAUCUCUGCAAGUGAUGUGAGGACUCUAAAACUUCACCUGAGCCUCCCUCGGCAUAUGGGUGAGUAGAUAAUGGCUGAAUUUACAUUUUUGGCUGCACUAUCCUUUUAAGAGGGGCCUGAUCCUUAGAUUUGGCACCUCUGGGCUUCGUUACAGCACUUUAGAUUACAGUUAUUUCAUUAUAUUUGUAUACUUUGACUUUAUUUUGUAUGAAGGACCUUUUUACGUUGUUGCACUGAUAUUUUUAGUUCAGUAAAUGAUCCAUGUCCCUGUUCCACCACUGACAGAAGGUGUUCCUGCCCAUCUGUGACCACCAGGAGGCGCCAGCAGGUCAUCACUGAGUGUGAGAGGUCACAGCAGAGGAAGUCAUUGCAGUAGGUGGUUUCCUUCAUGCUGCUGAUAGAAGCCACCUGGGUCCCUACAGUACAGCACUUCGCUCUGUUUUGGUCUCCACCAACUCCUGAAGGAAAAAUCUGACUCUUCAGCCUCUGAGGGCUCCACCAUGUUCACCGGCUCCUCUCUGACUGUGUCUCUCUGCGAAGAACAAGCAGCUGGAGUUUACCACCGGGAAUCACGCAAAGGGAGAUACCAGCUGACUUAUAAAGAGGCCAAGGCUGUCUGCAAGUACGAGGGAGGGAAGCUGGCCACUUACGAACAACUGGAGGCGGCUCGUCAAAUAGGUUUCCAUGUGUGCUCUGCUGGAUGGUUCGACAAAGGACGAGUUGGUUACCCCAUCGUCAAAGCUGGCGCCCACUGCGGCUUUGGGAAGAUUGGCAUCAUCGACUACGGACACAGGCGGAACAAAAGUGAAAAAUGGGAUGUGUACUGCUACAACCCAAACUCCAAGGAGUGUGGUGGGGUGCUGACAGACCAGCAGAGGAUCAUUCAGUCUCCCGGCUUCCCUGAGGAGUACCAGGAUGAACAGAUCUGCUACUGGCACAUCCGUGUGCGCCUGGGCCAGAGGAUCCGCCUCCACUUCAUAGAGUUCGAUGUGGAGGAUGACACGGGCUGCCUGGCAGAUUACCUGGAGGUGUACGACAGCUACGACGAUGUCUCCGGCUUCGCUGGGAGAUUCUGUGGCGAUUAUUUACCUGAUGACAUCAUCAGUACAGGAAACGUGAUGACGCUGAAGUUCCUGUCUGACGCCUCAGUCACAGCCGGCGGCUUCCAGUUCCAGUACACUGCCUUUAAUGCGUCUCUGUACUCACAGAAUCACACCCAGUAUCCUCACUGAGCGGUGGUUUCAAACACUGAUGUAAUCCUGUUGCUGUAUUUAUGAUGUCACUGGUUACAUCAUGUACUGUAAGUAGUCAGUCUUUGAAGCUGAUGUACGAAAUGAAUCUGUCAUUAAAUGGUGUUUCUGAUGUUGUUCUUGUGUUUAAAUAAAGUCAACAGUCCUGAGGCUUCAUUUACAUAAAACAAAUCUGGUGUUAUUAAACUAUUGUAAUCCUAGGUAUUCUUCUUCUUCUUCUUCUUCUUCUUCUUCUUCCGAGGAAAUCAUACUUCCCAUGGGUGAAAACUCACCAAACUUUGCACAAAGGUCCAGUCUCAUGCCAGAUAUCCUCAGCUGUAAACUCAAGCCAGUAGUCCUGAUGGUGGCGCUACAGCAAGCGUCUAAAGUUCGAAACUUUGAAAAUUCAUAACAAAUCAACCAUACGUGCUACAACUUCACACCUUUCAUCAAACUGUAGCCCCAAUACUGAAGAAGCUUUUGUACAUUUAAACCUAUUAAAAAUUAUCAAGUUCAUCACUCUGUUUUUUUUUUCUCAAAAACUGUAAAACUUAUUAAACCUAUCUCCUCCCACAAUUUUUGUUCAAUUGACACCAAACUUGCUACAGAGCAUCUUCAGACUGUCCUACACAAACUAUGUUUCUCAGAUUUUUGAUUUAUCAAAAAUUGAGCCUACAGUGCAUCAAAAUGUUUGACUGUAAACAGUACUGUAAACAUAUACAUGCAAAUUCUUGCCAAAUAAAUCUUGUGUCAGACUGAAGCUCCCAGAACCUUCAGUCUGACAUGGCUUCCAUUGAAGGCGAUUUACAAGGGGGAGGGAAUUUGAUUUUUCCCUAACCAAUCAGUAGAGAUCAACGACUCACCCAGAAUCUGACGUCAUUAGUAUCCAUGCCUCGGGGGUGCCGAAAACAAGCGAGCAUUGCCCGUUUAAAAUGUCUCCGUCGUCGUGCACGCCCAGCUGCAUCGCUGUUAAAUCCAGUUUAGCAGCUUCCUUAAUUUGGUCCUCCAUUAACGCGAGUAGUGGCGAAAUACCUCGAUAGCAUCGUUAAUGUGGUCUGUAGGAUCUGUAGCGGUCGCCAUUGUUGCUAUCCUCACCAGUUACCCACCGGCGGACAGCUUGACGUCAGCGUGGUGCUGAUUGGCUAAUCGCUAGACCCGCCCCCACCCCUGGCGUUCAUUGGUCUGUCCAUUGUUUGGACGAGAUAAAUCGCAAAUUCAUUGCAGUAUGCCAGGCCAGAGAUGCAAGCCUACUCAGUUGAGUGGGCGGGGUCUAUGGUCUGGAACCAGGCUAGCAAAUUUCAGAAUUUUAUCUCAAAAACUGUUUUUGACAAAUUUUUGACAGCAUUUUGAAUUUUGCUCUAAUGUGAACAAUUGGAGUCAAUGUAAAAAUGGCAAUUUUAAACAUCAGUUUUUCACUUAUGGAGCAAAUCAAUCAUUGUUAAAACAAAUGACCAACAUCUCCAUGCUGUCUAGAUGCAAUAUGUGUAUUUUCAGAUUUUUGUUUCGAUAACUGAUUUUUUUUUUUUUUUUUUUACAGUGGUUUGAAAUCUGCUUUUCCAUGCAUGGAGGGCUGCUAAACCUGCACGUCUGGCUUAGUCAGUUUGUGAAGCUACACAUGAAUUGGCACUGACUAAUUAGCUCAGUGAGAUAGAAAUUGAUUCUUAGUCUCAGAGGUUGUGCGUUCAAGCCUCAGCUGAUGCAAAAGGCAGAUUGUGUUGCUAAAUUCCUAAAUGUCUUCCAAUUCUUCUGCUUGUUGCUCAGAAUUGCCUAAAAAUGCCCGGACCCGACCCAUUGCUGCGCAGCAGCUAUAAUUCCAAUUUAUUUUCAUAAACCUUAACUAUGCAAAGUAUUUUCAUAUCAAGUAUGGUAUUUGGUAUUUGGUAAGAGGAAUCUGAGUUAACUGUUGCAUCUGUGACGACAAUAGCUGCGGCAGAGGCAUUAUGUUUUCGGGUCGUCUGUCUGUACAUCUAUCUGUCCCAUUCUCAUGACUGCAAUAUCCUCAGAACACCUCGAGGUAAUUUGUUCUCAACAGUGAACUGAUUAUGACCUCACGCUACAUGUUUUUGGCCAAACUGCAAGAAUUCAUACACUAAUUACAACAAAACUGCACAGAUGUGUCUAACGGGAUAAAAUGAAGUGAUGACAUCUUAUAUCCCAAAGGUCAAAGGUCAGCUUGACUGUGACAUCAUCAUAUCUCAGGAACAGAAGGGGAGACAUUUGGUCAGACACUGAACUGGUGACUCUGAUCUUAAAACUGUGCUGAUGUGCAAACAGGAAGUGGGCACAUUUCUCCAUGCUCUAUGGGAUUGUCCCAUGGUACUAGCUUUUUGGAAGGUGGUGCUGAAAGGCCUUGAAGGGUGGCUCAGAGACGACCUCUACUGGAAUCCCCACAAGUAUGUUUGCUGG